ACUUGUCCCAUUUCCCCCACAAUUGUGCGCGCCAAAUUUCGCUAACUGUGCUACUGUCAAGUUGAUUUCUGCCUUUGCUUCUUCAUUUGUAAUAAUUAUUUUGUGACGUUACGAGUUAGGACUUAUAUUUUGUGACGUUACGAUGCCGGGAGUUAUUUCCCAGACACCAGGAGUACCUGAAAGUGUGAGGAGAAAGGUUACAGAAUUACAGGCGGAAUAUAAAGAAGAGGAAGUAACCCAGAAAGGUUACAUUAAACGACUUCGAAUUCUUUUGAAGGAUCAUUUAACUGAAACAGUAUCUAAGGAAAUUGUCACUUUAGAGAGUCAGUUUAGAGAUGAAGAAAUAACAGAGAAAGGGCUUAACAACAAGCUCGAGAAUUUGCUAGAAUCAUGGUUAAACUCAUCCCAGAUUGAGGAUAAGAAGGAAGCAGUUAAGGAAUCAAAUGCAAAGAAUGAUUCUUUCAAAGAUAAACUAACUCUGUUUGCCAAUAAAGAAAAUGACAAGAAUGUAGGCAACAACAGCAGCUCUUUGACUGGUGGUAGCACAACAUCAAGUAGUGGCAAUGGAACACAGAGCAAGAAUGGAGAAGCAGCAAGCAGUGAUAAUGGGUCAUUGGAAGAAAAAAGUGGGCCAUCAGGCAGUGGAUUAGGGAUUUCUGGAAAUGGUACCACUCCUGUUAACAAAUCUGAAAGUAAAAAUGUUAAAAAAGUAGAUGAGGAUGACUCUAACAAUGAAGAUGUGGAAAUGGAAGACAUUACUAUUAAGAACAGUAAAAAGGGUAAAGGUUCUACACCACGUCGAACUAGGAGAUCUGUUGAUAAAGCUCAACGAUCAAUCUCAGACAUGUUUGUUUCCAAACGUAAAUGUGAGGAACAGAACUUGAAGGAAGAAGUAGAUGAUGGGCACAGUGAGAAGAGACAGAAAAAGAACACUGAUUCAGUUGUUGAAGAGGAUGGCAAGUCUGAUGAUGCAAGUAAACCAGAUACUGAAAGUGAGAAUAGCAACAAUAGCACCCCAAAGAUACAGGGUCGUUGUGAGAUUUGUCGGCAGCAUCUUAAUAGUGCUGACCUUAUGUUGUUUCCUGGUCAUCCUGAUGGUGCAGUAGAGGAAUUUAUUGCCCUGACAGAUCCAAAAUUGUCACUCUUCACUGGUGAAGAAGAAUUUGUCCAUGAAAUGGAUGAGAGGCCACAACAGAAGAUAACUGGAUUCAAUGUCUAUGACAAGGAAGGUCACUUGUGUCCAUUUGAUGGUGGCCUGAUAGAGCGAAAUGUCCUUUUGUAUUUUUCUGGAUACUUGAAACCCAUCUAUGAAGAAAACCCUGAUAUAGAGGGAGGAGUUCCAGCCAAAGAAUUGGGACCCAUUAAUGAGUGGUGGAUUUCUGGAUUUGAUGGAGGAGAAAAAGCUCUUAUUGGAUUCUCUACUGCUUAUGGUGAAUAUAUAUUAAUGAACCCAAGUGAAGCCUACUCUCCAUUUGUUGAUGCUGUUCGGGAAAAGAUUUACCUGAGCAAACUGGUUAUAGAGUUUCUAGUAGAGAACCCAGAUUCUGCCUAUGAAGACUUACUCAAUAGCCUCCAGACAACAGUCCCUCCUAGUGGUUUGGGUAUGAUUACCGAAGACUCAUUACUUAGACAUGCUCAAUUUGUCUGCGAUCAGGUGCAUAAUUUUGAUUUGGCAGGUGAAGAUACAGAUGACAUGCUAAUUGCAACACCUUGCCUUCGGUCAAUUAUUAAGCUGGCAGGAGUCACUCUUGGUAAACGUCGAGCCUUAAGACGUAGUGUGCCAAAGAUAAAGGUGAAGAUGCCCAAGUGGAGCAAAGCAACAACAACUCCAUUGGUUAGAAAUUUGUUUGAGAGUUUCUUCUCAGACCAAAUUGAAGCUGACAAAGAGAGUACUUGGAAGAAAAAGCUUCGAUGCGGAGUUUGUGACGCAUGUCAGCAGUCAGAUUGUGGUGAGUGUAAAUUCUGCAAAGAUAUGAUUAAAUUUGGAGGUUCGGGCAAAAGUAAGCAAUGCUGCAUAAAUCGUCGAUGUCCAAACAGACUUAUAGCAGAAGCUGAAGAUAAUGAAGUAGAAGACCUAGAUGGUAUUGAAUUGGAAGAUGCACCAUCCAGCAAACCCAGACAACAUCGUAUUCGAAAGCAUACACAUCGGAUUUCUUGGCAAGGUGACCCUAUAGUAAAAGAAGGCAAAAGAACAUAUUACAGUUCAGUACAUAUUAAUGAUGAAUUGUAUAGUGUAAAUGACAGCGUAAUGGUAGAGCCUGAUGAUCCCAAGACACCAGUUUAUUUGGCUAGAAUUAAUCACAUGUGGGAAGAUAACAAGGGAGAGAAACAUUUCCAUGCAGAUUGGUAUUGGCGAGGAUGUGACACUGUUUUAGGAGAGACAGCAGAUCCUCUGGAACUCUUCAUAACUGAGGAUUGUGAAGAUACACUGUUGAGUUCAGUGAUGAAAAAGGUAAAUGUCAUGAGGUACAAAGCUCCUGACAGUUGGAAGGAACUGGGAGGUAUCCAGGAUCCUGAUCAAUAUUAUCCUAUAAAGGAGGAUGAUGGUCUUCACUUCUGGUAUCAAAUGAUGUACCACUCUCAGAAUGCACGUUUUGAGGAAAUACCAGAUGAGCAGGAGGUUGUCGAUGAUGACAAAAAACACCGUCACUGUAUAUCAUGUGCUCGUAUUAAAAAACGUGAGUUGAGGGAAUCUUGUGUCCUGGGGAAGAGCCUAGAGAGCUCAAAGGAUAGUGAGAAAUUGUUUGCAUCUCUUGGUUACCUGGAUUAUGAAUUUAAUGUUGGUGAUUGUAUGUUUGUCAACCCAGAUGCUUUUACAUUUAAGAUCCAACCAGCUGUACCUCCAAAAAAAGCAGAGAAAAAGAAGAAUGUUGAUGAAGAUAUGUAUCCAGAGUAUUACAGAAAAAGUGACAAUGUAAAAGGUUCAAAUGAAAAGACUCCAGAUCCUUUCAGAAUUGUCAGAAUUUUGAAGAUAUUUUCUCGCAGUCCAGAAUCUGUCCAGAGACCUAGUGAAGUGUUUGCUCGUGUCGCAAAAUUCUAUCGUCCUGAGAAUACACACAGAGGUGUUUCAGCCUCAUUUCAGGCUGAGCUUAAUCUUCUUUACUGGAGUGAUGAAGAGGUAACAGUGUCUUUCAGUGAUGUAGCUGGCAAGUGUUGUGUGUCCUAUCAAGAGAACAUCACUAAUCCAAGUGUAGAUGACUACAUGAAGGAAGGACCAUACAGGUUUUUCUUCUCUCAGGGCUACAGUCCUGAAGAUAGAGAAUUUUAUGAGCCCCCAGCAAAGGCACAACUUAUGGGAAGCACUGGAAAGGGUAAAGGAAAGGGAAAAGGAAAAGGAAAGGGCAAAGGUAAAAGUUCUGAAGAUGAUGAGCAGAACAACACAUCCCAAGGUUUUGAAGGAUAUCCGCAGAUCAAACACAAGCUUCGAACUCUUGAUGUCUUCUCUGGAUGUGGUGGCCUUUCAGAAGGGUUCCAUCAGGCUGGUGUUAGUGAAGCAAACUGGGCCAUUGAAGUGUUUGAACCAGCUGCUCAAGCAUACAGACUGAACAAUCCAUCCGCAACAGUUUUCACUGAUGAUUGUAAUAUGCUCCUAAAGAUGGUCAUGGAAGGUGGAAAUACCAAUAGCAAAGGUCAGCGUUUGCCCCAAAAAGGUGAUGUAGAAAUGCUUUGUGGUGGUCCUCCUUGUCAAGGAUUUUCAGGGAUGAAUAGGUUUAAUUCCCGGCAGUACUCUCAGUUUAAGAAUUCAUUAGUUACGUCAUACCUCUCCUUUUGUGAUUAUUACCGUCCAAGAUUUUUCAUAUUGGAGAAUGUACGGAACUUUGUCUCCUACAAGUGCUCGAUGGUCUUGAAGCUUACAAUGAGAGUCCUUGUAAAAAUGGGAUACCAGUGUACUUUUGGUGUAUUACAAGCUGGAAAUUAUGGAGUUGCUCAAACACGUCGAAGAGCUAUCGUCAUAGCUGCCGCUCCUGGAGAAAAGCUCCCUUACUACCCAGAACCUACUCAUGCAUUUUCACCCAGAGCAUGUCAGCUGUCUGUGGUAGUUGAUAACAAAAAGUUCACCUCUAAUUGCCAAUGGGUGGAGUCAUGCCCUCUGAGGACAAUCACAGUUCGUGACACAAUGUCAGAUUUGCCAGAAAUUCGGAAUGGACAUCGCAAAGAAGAAAUUAGUUAUGGAACAGAGCCAGAGUCCCAUUUCCAGCGUCUGAUCCGUGGCAACCAGUACCAGCCAAUUCUUAGAGAUCAUAUUUGCAAGGAUAUGGCUCCUCUAAUUGAAGCUCGAAUGAAGCACAUUCCUACUGUUCCUGGAUCUGACUGGAGAGACCUUCCUAAUAUUGAAGUCAAACUUCCAGAUGGCACAGUAUCCAAAGUACUAAAAUACACUCAUCCAGACAAGAAGCAAGGCAGAUCAUCUACUGGAGCUGUAAGAGGUGUAUGUUCUUGUGCUGCUGGCAAGGCAUGUGAUCCAAUGGACAAACAGUUCAACACCCUCAUCCCUUGGUGUCUGCCUCACACUGGCAACCGUCACAAUAACUGGGCAGGCCUUUAUGGGAGACUGGAGUGGAAUGGAUUCUUUUCUACUACUGUCACAAAUCCUGAGCCAAUGGGAAAGCAGGGUCGUGUACUCCAUCCAGAACAGAAUCGUGUUGUAAGUGUUAGAGAAUGUGCUCGAUCACAAGGCUUUCCUGAUACAUAUCGAUUUUAUGGGAGCAUCUUGGAGAAGCAUCGGCAGGUUGGAAAUGCAGUUCCUCCACCGAUGGCAAGAGCAAUAGGGUUGGAAAUCCUCAAGUGCGUAAGUGCUGAGGAAAAACAGAAAGAAAAGAAAGGUGAUCAGGUUUAACAGCAUUGAAAGUGACUUUGUCAAACAAUUUUUAUAUCAGUGCUGUAUGCAGAUUCAGGCAUUAAUUUGAAUUAAAGGUUUGGCGCCAAAUGUUACAGCAUACAAAAUUUACUAAUACUUGUCGUAUGCUCAUAGUUAUGGACCAGUUUGAAAAUUUUAAUCUUUUAGUUCUUGGUGUUAACACCAAUUGGAUCAUUCUUUUUAUCAAGUAAAACAGUUGCUUGAAAUAAGGUCUUAUGAACAUUCUGUGAUGUAUGUUGUAAGAAUUUUAAACAUUUAUUAAGGAAAAUUUUAACGAAACAAUAGUUUUUUCAGAUACGUAUUCAAAAUGUCUAUUUUUUUAUUCUUAUUAUGAACAAAAGACAUUUUGGUAUAAUAAUGAAAUAUUUAAUAUCUUAAUAUAGUCUUGUAAACAGAUGUUAAUUUCAUAGCUAAUUGAUUAUGACAAGAGGUUGAAUCCAUAAUGGCCAUGCAAAAACAUCCCUCUUGAUUUUUAAUAGUUUCAUAUAAGUACUGGAUUUUGCAGAGUAUUCUGAGCUUUGUUUAUUCACAGUAUAAAUUGAUAUUGGCCAUUAAAAAAAAAUUUUCUAACUUGUGAUAAUUCCAUUUUUUCAGUAACAUUAUUUAAUGGCUCAUGUACAGUAUAUUGUAAAGACUUUAGGAGUAAUUCAUAUCAUUCAUGCUUUACAGAUGUUGAAGAAUUAACAUCAUCAUUUUGACAGCAUGCUUGUGAAUAUCUUGACAUUUACUUGUUUUUAUGUAUAAAAAUAAAUCUUAAGAUAUUUUA